UCUUCUUAGAAAGUGAGCAAUUUUUCUUCUUUUUUGGUUGGGAAUCUCUUUUCGAGUGAAGUCUGGUAAGAUCUCAUUCCAAUCUUUUUAGAAGCAGAUGGCAAUAAGAGAUCGCCUCCACUUUUCUGCUCUUUUAUAGUGGGCCCUCGUAAGCUGGGUUUCUUUACUUGAUCUAGUCCCUAGUGGGCCCUCUUGACGCGCUUCUUCUCCGGCACCGGUGUUUUCUAGCUGGUCGCGGCUUGGAGAGAACAAGCAGCUUCUAGGAAUAUGCAAUGUGAUUUUACCAAAGAACUUGCAAAAGUCAACUACUUGACUUGCCAAAUGAGAUGAAGGCAUAGUCCUGUUGAAUAAUGUAGAAGAAGCCCAUUGAGGAGAGGAAAAGAAGGAAAAUGCUCUGUUCCAUUAUGCAAGGCCGCUUUUCCAGGUUUCCAUUGCUCGCCUGAUUGAUCAGAAGCUGAGACAGAAAUGGCAGAGACAUUCUUGAGUCCCGUCAUUGAAAAGUUGGUUGAUCUACUAGCUGAAGAAAUAAAUUUGGUAAAAGGAGUCCACAAAGGAGUCAAAAGUCUGAAAAAUGAACUGGAGAUCAUCCAACCUUUCCUUCGAGAUGCGGAGGCGAAGUCAGAGAAAGGAGAAGUGAAUGAUCCUGCAAAAGUUUGGCUGAAGCAAAUAAGAGAGCAAGCAGAUCGGAUUAAAGAUGUAGCUGAUGAGUACUUUUAUCAUGUUGAACAACAUCGCCAUCAUGGUGGAUUUAUCGGUUCUUUGCGCAAAGCUGGUCACUACAUCAAAACCUUGAAACCAUGCUAUGACAUAGCUUCCGAGAUAAAAGAAAUACAAGAGUCAUUGCGUGAAAUCAAGGACAGAGGUGUUGGCUAUGGAUUAAGACCUCUGGAACAAGGAUCAAGUAGCAGCACAAGUAAUGUUGAAUCACGCGACCCUCGCCUCGGAUCCCUUUUCAUGGAGGAAGAUGAAAUUGUUGGUAUUGAUGGCCCAUUGAAGGAACUUAUAAAAGGGUUGACUGAAGGACCAUCCAUGCGCUCAGUGAUUUCGUUGGUAGGUCAAGGUGGAAUUGGCAAGACAACUCUCGCUAGGAAAGUCUACAAUGAUGAAGUGGUGAAAGCUCACUUUGAUUGCCGUGCAUGAUCAGUGUCGCAGUCAUACGACAUGAAGAAGCUUCUGAGGAUCACAAUAAGGCAAGUAGGUGGAGCAGGGGAGAGAAUUGAGGAAGAUUGUCCUAUGGAUGAGUUAUUUAGUCUUUUGAGGCAGCAUCUACAAACAAAGAGGUACAUGAUUGUUUUUGAUAAUGUUUGGCAUAAAGAUUUUUGGAAAGAUAUGAAACAUGCUUUGACUUGGUCCUCGGAAAUCGCUUUGCAAUUAUUUUGCAAGAAGGCAUUUCGAAGUGACGAGUAUGCAGGGUGUUGUCCCCAAGAGUUAGAGCAAUUGUCUCGUGAGAUUGUUAGCAAAUGUCUAGGCUUGCCACUUGUUAUUUCGACCAUUGCUGGUCUUUUGUCAACCAAAGAACGAGUCGAUUUUGAAUGGAGAAAGGUGCUCAACAACAUUAGUUCUGAGUAUGAAAGAACUGAUAUUACAAAAAUUCUUUCCCUAAGUUAUCUAGAUCUACCUUACCACCUCAAGACUUGCUUCUUAUAUUUUGGCAUGUAUCCUGAAGACUUUGAAAUUUGUGGAAGCACAUUAUAUAAACUAUGGUCUGCUGAAGGUUUUGUUAAAGCAAGAAGAAACAAAACAUUGGAAGAAGUUGCCGAAGAAUACUUAAAUGAGCUCAUCCAGAGAAACUUGGUUUUGUUUGAAUUGGAAUUUGGUGUGGAAAGAAAUUGUAAAGUCCAUGAUUUGAUGCAUGAUAUCAUCUCAACAAGAGCAGGGGAAUUAGGCUUUUGUCAAACCAUAAGUAAAAGUGAGUUCAGUCUUGGUGAAAAGACUGCUUAUCGCCUAUCAAUUCAGGAUACUACAGAAAAUGUUUUGGAAAGAGUCAUAGAUUUCAGGAUUCGGUCGGUUUUUCUUUUUGACGUCAAUGAAUGUACGAGAUUCGAAAAUUUUAAGCUUUUAGAAGUUUUAGAUUUUGAGAAUGCACCUCUUGAUAAUCUCCCAAAAGAGGUAGGGAAGCUGUUUCACCUGAAAUACUUAUGUUUAGCAAGUACUAUGGUGAAAGUACUUCCAAAAUCCAUUGGUAAUCUGCACAAUCUACUGACAUUGGAUGCUAGGAACACCUUAGUGACGGAGCUGGCAAUCGAGGUUACUAAACUGAGGAAUUUGCGUCACCUGCUUAUUUAUUCAUUUGCUAAGAAGCGUCAAUCAAGUUCGAAUUCACAUUGUGGUGUGAGAAUGCCUGAAGGAAUUGGAAGGUUGCAGGAGUUACAAACAUUAGAGAAAGUGGAAGCAUACCCUGACGGAGUAUUUUGUUUGAAAGAGAUACAGAAGCUGAGGACACUAAAGCAUUUGGAACUUUCGGAAGUGACUGCAGAAAUGGGGAAGGCUUUGGGAGUGUUCCUUGAGAAAAUGAACCACCUUGAGAGGUUAAUUUUGCAUUCAAUCAACAUGGAAGAAGUAAUAAAUUUAAAAUGCAUUUCAUCUCCUCCUUUUUUACGUUAUCUGCAAUUGAAUUGUCGACUAGAUCAGUUGCCAAAUUGGAUUUCAGAGCUUCAUAAUCUACAGGGAUUGUCAUUAAGAAACUCAAGGUUGAUUGAUGAGCCACUUAAAUGCCUCAAAGGUUUACCCAAUUUAUCAUACCUCCACAUGUACCGUACAUACGAAGGCGAGGAAUUGCAUUUUCAGAAAGGUGAUUUUGAAAAACUCAAGCAAGUUAAAUUAUUAAAGUUUGAAGGAUUAAAGGUGGUUAAAAUAGAAGAGAGAAGCACUGCCUCUUCUUGAAGAGUUUCACUUUGGGAAUUGCACAAGGAUGAAGGAGAUGCCUUCCGAUAUUCAACACCUAACAAAUCUCAAAUCUCUUGCAAUUCAUGACAUGCCGAGGGAAUUUGUGGUUCGUUUGCAACCAGAUGGAGGCGUUGAUUAUUGGAAGAUUCAGCAUGUGCCUUCCAUCACCUUCCAUUAUCACAAUCACGGAUGCUACAAGCUUGGUAGCUCAGACUUGUUACAACUUCUUCAGGAGCAAGCUAGUUAAACCAUGUCAAGUAACGCAGCGUGUUCAGUUCAAACCCCAGUUCUCUUCCUGGAAUUGUGCCACAGGAGCCUGAAACGUUGCUCAUGAACGAGGCA